GUGUCCCUCUCCCAUCCAAAGAGCCUGGAAGCAAACCAGCCGCAAAAGCAACUGGAUUUAAGGCAACAGUAUUGACGCUCCAACAGAAUGCCGCCAAAGAAUGCAUUAUAGCUGGAAAUGCAAGGGGGCACCAAACAAGCGCAGUAUUUUAUUGAAAAUCUCUAUUAUGCUUAUAAUAAUCUGAAAUAUGGCUGAAGUGAAGUCGAGGUGAGUUGCUCUGUUGCUCAGACAACUUGCUCUCGGGAGCUGCGCACUCAUCUCCAUCCCGUUUUGUCGGAUGAAAAUAAACGGAUAGAUAGCCUACACUCGUUUUUGUUCUUCUAUUAUUCGAUAAUCACUCAACUGUAGAAUCAUGUCGAUGGGACAGGACGAAAGCUCAGUCCGGGUGGCUUUGAGGAUCCGUCCUCAACUGGCACGGGAGAAGAUUGAGGGAUGUCACAUCUGUACGUUUGUGACCCCUGGGGAGCCCCAGGUGAUGCUGGGUAAAGACAAGGCGUUUACAUACGACUAUGUGUUCGACAUGGACUCCUGUCAGGACAGCAUCUAUGCUGACUGCACUGAGAAACUGAUCGAGGGCUGCUUCGAAGGAUACAACGCCACCAUCUUUGCCUACGGCCAGACGGGGUCAGGUAAGACGUACACCAUGGGUACAGGGUUUGAUGUGAACAUCGGGGAGGAGGAGCUGGGCAUUAUUCCCCGGGCAGUCACCCACCUCUUCAGGGGCAUCGAGCAGCGCCAGCAGGCUGCUAAAGAGCAGGGACGUCCCAUGCCUGAGUUCAAGAUCAACGCACAGUUCCUGGAGCUUUACAAUGAGGAGGUGCUGGAUCUGUUUGACUCUACGAGGGACCUGGAGGCUCGGACGCAGAAAUCCCACAUUAAGAUCCACGAGGACGCUAAUGGAGGAAUCUACACAGUGGGGGUGACCACACGGACUGUAGCCUCCGAGGCAGAGAUGAUGCAGUGUCUGAAGCUGGGUGCCCUAUGUCGUACCACGGCCAGCACCCAGAUGAAUGUCCAGAGCUCCCGUUCUCAUGCCAUCUUUACCAUUCACCUGUGCCAAGUCAGAGUCUGUGCAUCCGACAAUCAGGACAACAACGAGACGGACAACAAGGUUGCUAACGGCAACUCAGAGAUGGAAGAGUAUGAGACCCUGACGGCAAAGUUUCACUUUGUGGACCUAGCCGGGUCAGAGAGACUGAAGAGAACAGGGGCGACCGGAGACCGAGCUAAGGAGGGAAUCUCCAUCAACUGUGGACUGCUUGCUCUUGGAAAUGUAAUCAGUGCUUUGGGAGACCGAAGCAAGCGAUCCACACAUGUGCCUUACAGAGACUCCAAACUCACCCGGCUUCUACAGGACUCCUUGGGUGGAAAUAGCCAAACGAUGAUGAUAGCGUGCAUCAGCCCGUCUGACCGGGACUUUAUGGAGACCCUGAAUGCACUGAAGUAUGCCAACAGAGCCAGGAACAUUAAGAACAAGGUGAUGGUGAACCAGGACAAGGCCUCCCAGCAGAUCUCUGCUCUCAGGACAGAGAUCGCCAGGCUACAGAUGGAACUCAUGGAGUACAGGACGGGUAAGCGUAUGGUGGGUGAGGACGGUAUGGAGAGCAUCAAUGACAUGGUCCAUGAGAACAGCAUUCUGCAGACAGAGAACAGCAACCUGAGGAUCAGGGUCAAGGCCAUGCAGGAGACCAUUGACGCACAGAGGGCCAGACUCACACAGUACCUCAGUGACCAGGCCAACCAAGUCCUGGCCAGGGCAGGUGAGGGGAGUGAAGAGAUUGGGAACAUGAUCCAGAGCUACAUCAAAGAGAUUGAGGAUCUCAGAGCCAAACUCCUGGAGAGUGAGUCUGUGAAUGAGAACCUUCGUAAGAACCUGUCCCGUGCCUCUUCGCGGCAGUCCUUUUACCCCGGAACCUUCUCCUCUGCCCUCCUGGCCCCUGAGAAGGAGGCCUCCGACAUCAUCGAGAUGGCAAAGAAAGACCUGGAAAAACUCAAGAAGAAAGAGAGGAAGAAGAAGAAAAGUGUUGUCAAGGAGGAAGUCCCCGACAACGACCAAGACAAUGGGACAGAAAAAGAGCUGACUGAGCGGUCCAAUGAGGAGCCUGAGACGGAAGGGCAGGAGGGGAGUGACCACGAGGAAGAGGACGACGAGGAAGAGGAGGAGAUGGAUGUGGAGGAGAGCUCUGAUGAUUCAGACUCUGAAUCAGAUGAGAAAGAGAACUUCCAGGCGGACCUGGCCAACAUUACAUGUGAAAUUGCCAUCAAGCAGAAGCUGAUCGACGAGCUGGAGAACAGCCAGAGGCGUCUGCACACGCUCAAGCAGCAGUACGAACAGAAACUGAUGAUGCUGCAGAGCAAGAUCAGAGACACACAGCUGGAGAGGGACAAGGUGCUGCAGAACAUGGGCUCGGUGGAGACGUGCAACGACGAUAAGGCUAAGAAGAUCAAGCAGGGGUAUGAGAAGAAGCUAAGUCUCAUGAAUAAGGAGCUACAGAAGCUACAGUCAGCCCAGAAGGAACACACACGCCUCCUUAAGAACCAAUCAAAGUACGAGACACAGCUCAAGAAGCUCCAACUGGACGUCACGGAGAUGAAGAAGACAAAGGUUCGUCUGAUGAAGCAGAUGAAGGAGCAGCAGGAGAAGAACAGAAGGACAGAGUCCAGGAGGAGCAGAGAGAUCGCCAGCCUCAGGAAGGACCAGCGCAAACAGGAGCACCAGCUGAAGCUACUGGAGGCCCAGAAGAGACAACAGGAGCUCAUAUUGCGCAGGAAGACUGAGGAGGUAACUGCACUGAGGAGGCAGGCCAGACCUAUGUCUGGUAAGGUGACCAGCAGGAAGGUGAGUUUACCAGAGGCCCUCCAGGACUCCUCCCACCGACCCCCCUCAGGACGCCUGCAAUCCUCUGGAUCCACCGCACCUAACAGAACCAGGUCCUACUACAGACGAUCAACGGGCAUAUAUUCCACCAGAGUGGCCAAAGUGAAGUGGCAGUCUCUGGAGCGCCGUAUCUCUGAUGUCAUCAUGCAGAGGAUGACCAUAUCCAACAUGGAGGCCGAUAUGAACCGCCUGCUCAAGCAACGUGAGGAGCUGACCAAGAGGAGGGAGAAGGUGACCAGAAAGAGGGACAGGCUGGCGGGGGAGGGGUCUGAGGAAGAGAAGGUGGUGUUUCCCCUCAACGAGGAAGUGGACACCUUGAUGGCCAACAUCGAUUACAUCAACGACAGCAUCGCAGACUGCCAGGCCAACAUUAUGCAGAUGGAGGAGGCCAAGGAGGAGGUUGACACGGUGGAUGUGUCCGCAGUGAUCAGCUCCUGCACCCUAACAGAAGCCCGUUUCCUGAUGGACCACUUUAUUUCUAUGGCCAUCAACAAGGGUCUGCAGGCAGCCCAGAAGGAGUCCCAGGUGAAAGUGAUGGAGGGCAGGCUGAAGCAGACAGAGAUCACCAGCGCCACUCAGAACCAGCUGCUGUUCCACAUGCUGAAAGAGAAGGCAGAGUUUAACCCCGAACUGGAUGCCCUGCUGGGGAAUGCUCUACAAGAGCUAGGUAACAUGCCAGUGGAGAAUGGGGAUGACAGCAGCAGUGACGAAUUCACCCAGAGUCCUGCAACAGACGGACACUCUCUGACAUCAGAUCUAAUGAAACUCUGUGGAGAGGCCAAAACAAGGAGCAAGGCUCGUAGGAGAACCACCACUCAGAUGGAGCUGCUCUACGCCAAAAGUGACUCCGUCCCUGACACGCCUUCUGGCGAUUUCUCCUCCCCCUGUCUCCCAUUGGUUGAAACUCCAGAAGAGGGCAGAGAUCCCGAGACGCCCAUUGGCUCGUCAGUCAGGGACAGGGACUAUAUGGCUCAUUCUCCCGGCUUGUCCUCUAAGAUGGGCAGCAUACCUGCCUCCUCCUCAGGGGCGGAAAAAAGAGUUCCAGAGCCCUCGCCGCUCUCUCGCAGGAAGACCUAUGACAAGACACAAUUGGCGGCUAAGGUCAAGGAGAUCAAACAAGGGGUGAUCAACCCAGUGCCUUCCUCAAAGGGCAGUCGGUCAGCAACACUGCAGUGUGUCCACGUGGCUGAGGGUCACACUAAAGCCGUGCUGUGUGUUGACUCUACCGAUGACCUCCUCUUCACCGGCUCCAAAGACCGUACGUGUAAGGUGUGGAACCUAGUGACAGGUCAGGAGAUCAUGUCCCUGACAGGUCACCCCAACAAUGUGGUGUCAGUCCGCUACAGCUCCAGCCUGGUCUUCACCGUCUCCACCUCAUACAUCAAGGUCUGGGACAUCCGAGACUCAGCCAAGUGCAUCCGCACCCUCACGUCUUCUGGUCAGGUGACCCCGGGCGACGCCUGUGCGUCCAGCACCAACCGGACUGUCACCAUCCCGGCAGGAGAGAACCAGAUCAACCAGAUCGCACUCAACCCCAGCGGCUCUGUCCUGUACGCCGCCGCCGGCAACUCUGUCAGAGUCUGGGACCUAAGAAGAUUUGUAUCCACAGGGAAGCUGACUGGUCACCUGGGUCCAGUCAUGUGUCUGACUGUGGACCAGAGUGGGAACGGUCAGGAUCUGGUCAUCAGCGGAUCCAAGGACCAUUACAUCAAGCUGUUUGAUGUGACAGAGGGGGCCCUGGGUGCUAUCAGCCCCACACACAACUUUGAGCCUCCCCACUACGAUGGCAUCGAGUCCUUGGUGGUGCAGGGGGACGUCCUCUUCAGCGGCUCCAGGGACAACGGCAUUAAGAAGUGGGACCUAGACCGCAAAGACUUACUGCAGCAAGUGCCCAACGCCCAUCGUGACUGGGUGUGUGCCCUGGGUGUGGUGCCUGGCUCUCCGGCCCUGCUGAGCGGCUGUAGAGGAGGGGUGCUCAAGCUGUGGCACGCAGACACACUGGGGGCCCUUGGGGAACUCAAGGGCCACGAGAGCCCCAUCAACGGCAUCUCCACCAAUAGCAGCCACCUCUUCACAGCAUCUGAUGAUCGAACAGUGAAGAUCUGGCGUGCCCGGGGCGGACUCGACAGCACCUUAGACACGACGGCGGACACAGCUGAUGAGGUGGCCAGUAACUGAACAUGGCCGGGACCUCCCACCGUGACCCUAAACCUGGGAUGCUGCUGACUAGCACUUUGACCUCUGACCCUUAGCCUUGGAAACCACCCCCAGCCCCCACAUACUCUAACCAAGACAACAGUCACCAAGAAUGGAAUCUUAUCUCAGCAAAAGUAGCUGUAGUCGUUUUCCAAAGUGAGAUACUGUAGAUUUAUCCCUAGAAAAUGUCUCCCUAGCUAAAUGUAUCUAGUCUAACCUGUGUGGCCGUAGCACUGGCCUGUGCAGAAUAAACACUAUUUUUGCUUCAUAGACAUCCUUCCGUCUUCGCUCGUAUCAAGUAUGGAGUGAGCACGCACACACACACACACACACACACACACACACACACACACACACACACACACACACACACACACACACACACACACACACACACACACACACACACACACACACACACACACACACACACACACACAAACACAAACACAAAUAGAGGCAGAUCUUGAGUGUUUUUCUGUGCUGGGGAAAUUAGAUGAGAGGAAGGUAAAGACCGGGCUUUGUCGCAGGCCUUCAAGACCCGGACCUGGUUCUCAGACCAGACCCGGACCAGCAAAGGAAGAGAUGCCUUUCUUCUGCAUUAUAAGCAGAACCACUCUCCUCAACCCUGCUGUCCCUUACGUGAUAUCAACGUGGCUUUACGUGAACUAACACCCCCUUAAGUCGCUCGGUUUUGAUGUUCUUUUGCUUUGAAUUCAGCACCCGCUUUCCAUGGGUGACCAAAUCAUGAAACUUCUCUUGUACUUUACCUGUGAACUGGAUACUGUACAUUAACUAACACUACUCUUGUAGCCACUAGCAAAACACCUUCAGUCAGUCACCUCUCUGCUUCCUUAGUCUUUACACUUAGUCCUUCCUUACUCUCUAUGUGCAAAUACAAUGUCUCUUUGAGGAUACACUGACUCUCUUCACUUGUCCACUACUCGUCAUUUAGCAAAUGUAUGAUUUUCCACUUGAUGCUAUUCCCUCUAAUAAGUUAAUAACUAACCUAAUGCCCUUGCUGCUAAGUUGUUUGCUCACCUAUGACCCAUAGAGGGCGCUUCUGUUCUGGACUCCAGGUGAGAUACACUUGGUAACCGUAGUUACAUACUUUAUAUAAUAGUCUGAAGUGUGAGGAAGAGAGGAGCCUUUUAUCUGUGCCUGUACUGUAAAGCUCUCCCAAUCCUGGUCUGGGAAGACCCCUAUGACCGGGGUUUUAUCGUGUAUGUGUCAGUUUUGCUGUACAUUUCAACUGGCCUAUUUGUGAUUGGUGUGAGCUGAACUAACUCUCAAAUGAUAUAUUGGAUCCACUAUCUGCUGAGACUAUUGAAUGUUAAAGUAGUAGGAGCAGCAGCCAACACAAUAUGUGUAUACGUAAACAGUAUUAUACAAAGAAAUAAACUGAAGGUUUGUUUUGUUGAUCACCAAAUUGCGCUCCCGAAUGGGUAACAAAUGACCAGAAUUGGGAGACUGUGUUCUAACAGCACUCAUCUCUUUUGAACAGAACCCCUCUCCCUGGCCCCGAGUCAGCCUGUUAUGUUUCCUGGGGAUGCAUCCAAAAUGGCACCCUAUUGCAUAGUGCAAUAGUAAACAGUAUUAUACAAAGAAAUAAACUGAAGGUUUGUUUUGUUGAUCACCAAAUUGCGCUCCCGAAUGGGUAACAAAUGACCAGAAUUGGGAGACUGUGUUCUAACAGCACUCAUCUCUUUUGAACAGAACCCCUCUCCCUGGCCCUGAGUCAGCCUGUUAUGUUUCCUGGGGAUGCAUCCAAAAUGGCACCCUAUUGCAUAGUGCACUACAUUUGACCAGGACCCAUGGAUGCUGUUCAGAAGUUGUGCACUAUAAAGGGAACAGGGUGCCAUUUUCAGAUGCAGCCCUGCUCUGAUUUUAUUGAAUUGUUCUGUUGAAAGAAGCUGUAUGUAUUCAAACCAGUCCUGGGUUCCCCUCUGGAGUUUUGCUGUAGAUGUCAUUCCCUAAAAUGGCUGACUCUGUACUGUAGCAGAUCUAAUGUCAGAUGCCUGGCGAAAUAAUAAAUGUCAUCUGUCAAAAACCAGCAAGUACCCUGUGUGUGGUCACCUGGGUCCUGUUACUUUUGAGGGAGGGGUUGGGAUUUGAAGAUUGGAAGUGUGGGGAGAGCACUGAAGAAGAAGGGCACUACAGUGAUUGGGGCUGUAGCAUUCACUGAUCCAAACUAACCUGAUUGGAUAGGUUAAAGCAAGGUUUCCACCUCGUAGCAUUCACCUACACCAAUAAAAGCUAUUCUUACUCAAAGGAAGGAAGCAAGGUUUCAAAAUAUACCUCUUCAAAGAACACCUUAGGCUAACCAGAUGUAUCCACUAGAUGGCAGUAGUGUAAUUUGUAAUUCAUCAACAAGCAAAGCAUACCCGAGCGGUUGUCCAGCUAGGUCACACAUGGAUGAACAGGAGGUAUGACAACUACAGGAGAGCUUAAGAAUUUGUCCCAACUGGCAACCUAUUCCCUAUAUAAAUGCACUACUUUUGACCAGUGCACUAGCAAAUGGGGUGAAAUUUGGGAUGCACAUUAAUGUCUCCCGGGGCUCCCUUGGUGUCAAAAUCUGAAGGCUCAUUGUAAUGACCUUAUUGCUUACAAUAACAUUUUGGAGCACACACAUGCAAGUGAAAACUGUAAUUUACUUGUAGCUUAUCCCUUGUAACUUAUCUGGAUAUACCCAGAACAAAAUCGGACUAUUUUCGAACUAACUAGUGUCGUAUUAAACAGAAAUCCGUACUGGAGUAGAUCAAUGAUUGCUGUACUGUAAGGGCUGGUUUUCCUGAGAAUCUCCAUUGAGAAUGCUUUUUAGUCCAGAACUAUAGGCUUUAGCUGUGUCUAUAAAACCGGCCCUUGAUGUUUUGGACAUGUUUAUACCUGAUGGUAUUUGUGAUGAUAUGGCAU